UCAUGGCAUCAGCGGUAGUUCGCGGAGUCUGAGUGCGGAGGAAGCCUAAGUGGAAUACCGUAUAAUCAAGUGGAAGUAUUUGCACCAGCAGAUAAACAUGUCGGGCUCGCUGUGCAGGAGUUUAUACGCGUUCAGCGGGGAGCAGCAUGAGCGCGGACUGUGCUUCCAGCCCGGGGAGCUGAUCCGCGUCACCCGCGCUAUGCCCGGAGGCUGGUGGGAAGGAGAGAAGGACGGACUGACCGGCUGGUUUCCUUCCAGUUAUGUUCAAAUAGUCGAGAAAUCUGCCUCCAUGAGUGUACUGCCUGGUGAAGAGGCUUGCCAAAGCCCGUUACCCAAAGACUGGAAGUGCUACAUGUCACCACAGGGGCGGAAAUACUACGUCAACUCUGUAAGCAAUGAGACUACGUGGGAAAGGCCAUCCAGUGUACCUGGAAGUCCCAGCACAUUUGUUCAACACAAGUCUUUGCCAGCGGUAAAUGGAUUUCAUGGCAGCAGCAGCACAUUGCAUCACACGGAGCAGUCGCAUGGACCACCGCCGAAGCCUAGCGCAGAUCAACUGAGUCUCGUGUCCACUUCAUCCAGAAAGAAAGAGCACAAGAAAUUAGUCACAAUCAAUUGUGUGACGUUCCCCCUUUCAGCGCUCACAGCCGAACAGCAGCUGCUCAAACCAGACGAGUGGAGCUACUGUGAUUAUUUUUGGGCAGACAGAAAGGACCAGCAGGGGAACGGUAGCAUCACAGGCUUUGAGGUCCUACUACAGAAGCAGCUAAAGGGGAAACAGAUGCAGAAAGAAAUGGCUGAUUUUAUAAGUGAAAGAAUCAAGAUUGAAGAGGAUUAUGCCAAGAACCUGCUGAGGCUCUCUCAGGUUCCUCUAGCUGCUCAGGAGGAUGGGACAUUGGGAGAGGCCUGGGUUCAGUUAAAGAAAAGCCUGGCAGAUGAGGCAGAUGUUCAUCUAAAGUUCUCUUCAAAGCUUCAGAGUGAGGUGGAAAAACCCAUCGUUACAUAUCGAGAGAACUUUAAGAAGGACAUAAAGAAGUUUGACCACAAGAUUUCAGAUCUCAGGAAGCAACUGGCCAGUCGAUAUGCCGCCGUGGAAAAGGCACGUAAAGCACUUGCAGAGCGGCAGAAGGACCUGGAGGUCAAAACUCAACAGCUGGAGACCAAACUGAACACUAAGACCGAGGAGGACAUAAAAAAGGCCCGCAGGAAAUCCACACAAGCAGGUGAUGAUCUGGUGCGAUGUGUUGACCUGUGUAAUCAGUCUCAGUCAAAAUGGUUUGAAGAAAUGGUCACUACAAGUCUGGAGCUGGAGAGACUGGAGAUGGAGCGCAUCGAGAUGAUCAGAAAACACCUUUGCCAGUACACGACGCUGCGGCACGAGACAGACAUGUUCAAUCAAAGUACCAUAGAGCCUGUCGACAAACUGCUUCAGAUUGUGGAUCCGACCAAAGACAUAGAGCUGUGGGUCGAGGAGAACAAGACUGGAGAACUGAGACCAGUGAACAUGGAUAUCUGAUACAGAUUCUGGCAUGGACAAGAGGUGGACAUGCAAGGAACAUGAAGUCGUAUCAUAUAACCCCGAUUGCGGUACGCUUCACCUCUAUCGAUACAACCCUCCACUGCUGACUGAGGGACGCACGCCCCCUCCGACACGCAUGCAGUACCGACUGCUUCUUUUCAUCUGCGCGAGGCGAGUUCAUAUGCGGAUCAGCCUCGAGCAGGUGCCCAUCAGUCAGCCAGCAGAGGUCGUAAUUGCACCAGUUAUGAGGAACCGUGAACAACAGCAAAUCGUUGGCCAGCCGGAUGACAGAGCUGGGAUUCUAUACGAUGCAUUCUAAAUCCCAGCUCUGGUGUGAUUAAUGUACGUAUUUAAUUAUAAAAAAUUAUACAUUGGGCUCACGGGUGGCUCUGUGGUAAAUUACAUUUUCCCUCUGCUGCUGGGAAGGGGUGGGGGAGAAUUAGCAUCCUGUCCGAGGUGUGUUACUGCAUCACGCCCUGACCAGGAUGAAGCAGCGGUUAAAAUGAAACAUGAAAGUAUAUAUUUUUUUAAAUAGCUAAGGAAUCAAAUAGAACAUACAAAUAUACAUAUAUUAUUCAGCAUAAUUAAAGUUUUGGUACGAAUAAGUGAAUUUAAUAAUGCGAUGUGUUUGUGCAUUGCUGCAUUAUGUGGCUGAAAGUUAAAUAUUAAGUAACGAAUAUAACUAAAAAAUAACACAACGUACUUCAUAACAAAUGCAGGCACUGUUGUUUACAAUUUAAGACCAAAGGCUGAAUCUCAAAAAUCUUCUACACUUGAUAGGGAUGCUAGAUAGGGUGCGGGGGCCGUUAUUUAAGUGUAUGUUUAAAUAAGUCCUAGUAAAGUGCGACAUCUAGUGUCCAAACAGUGCAGUUGCAUUAUAAAAUACCUGCCAUAGAUAAUGCACUCAAUAAUAGUGAAAAUUCACGAUCAAAUAUUUUAAUAGUAACACAAUGUGUCACAAUGAAUUUGUACAACCCUAAUAAUUAUGUAUAGAAUUUUACUCAGGACAUAAUAUACUACUUAUUAUAUACACUGAGCCUAACAGUCAGGGGUCACCACAUCUGUAUGAACUCACUUGAUCUCACUGGAGGUCUAAGGCCAGUUGUUGGAGCAAACGUAUUUGCAAAAUACAUAUUUGUAGUAUGUUUUUAUUCAUAUUUCUUUCCAGGGUGUUUGUAAUUUUAGCUAUAAAUAUACGAUUCAUAACUUUAACUGAACUACUUUAUAUUUCUACAAAUAAAAAGUACUGGAUGAUCUGAUUACACAUUAAUAAUACAAAACUUCUCAUCAUCAGACCUUUAAUUAAAACAGUAUGAUGAUUAAAGUUUUAUGAUUACUUUGUAUUUAAUGUAUUACAAAGUUUCUGCCUAGUUUAGGUUAUACAUAGGUUGAAGAAAUGCUUUUAAACAUGUUAAGACCUUAAGCAAACCAGUUUGUGUCAUUUUAUAUACACACCAUAUGGCCCAAAAUAUUUGGACACCUGACCAUGAACCUGUUAGACAUCGCAUUUCAAAAAUAAAUGCUAUUAAAGUAUGUCAUCUUUUCAGCUAUAAUAACAGCAACUGUUCUGAAGAGGCUUCUCACAAGGCUGAAGUACGUCCAUGGGAAUUUGUGCCCAUUCAGUCAAAAGAGCAUUAGUAUGGCUGGGCACUGAUGUUGCCCUAAUGGAUGUUCCCGAUCAUUCAAAAGGUCAGGGGUUAUAGACCAUUUGGUUUUGAAAUUAGAUGUCCAGCAACGUCAUGGUCAGGUGUCCAAAUACUUUUGGUCGUGUAGUUUAUCUGUCAUCUUUUAUAAUCUCAGGGUAAGGUAAUUCAUAACAGUAAAGUAUUUUAAACUGACUGGGGAUAAACGGCCUGUAUCAGUCCUUACAUUAAGAUUCAGAACGUUUUGGACACACAAAUGUAACUGUGUGCUGAGCUUCCGCUGCUUACAUCAGUCUUAAUAUGUCAAAUUACAAAGACUCAACACCUUUCUUCGUUUGUUGAUUUUCUGAUCUGGUUUCCAUCUUUCUAGUAAAUGACUAUUAUUUUUAAAUAAUUCCAUUGACUUCUGUUAAAUGAAAAAGACAUGAAUGCAUUGUGUAGAAAGUAAAAGGGUACAGAUAGUAAUCUAUGUGUAUAGUUUUAUACCAAACGUCUUAAUUUUCUUAACGACCUUUAUUCUGUUUGUUUCCUAACUUGCACUGUAAUUUUUGUGUACUGUACAUUCCUGCUUAUGUAUAAAAUGUAACAUUUACUACAAAAUCAACUGUAUUUAAUACUGUAAAUAUAAUAUAAUAUAAUACCUGAUAUAUGUUUUAAACGAUGCUUUACAUUUAAUUUUACUUUACAAUGUAUUAAAUGUAAUAUUAAAAAUACACUUUACUAUCUGCAAUAAAUUCUGUUAAUAAGA